UGCUCCUCUUGUCCCCACAAGGGCUUGGGGAACUUCAAAGGCCCGGGGUUGCCAUGGCAGCCGUCGCUCAGGCAAUUUCCGUGGCAACGGGGUGGCGAGGGGCGGGGGCUGCGUGGUGGAGGCGCUGUGGGGCAGGUAAUAGGGCCAGAGUGGGCUGGGCAGCAGCAGCAGCAGCACAAGCAGCAGGAGCAGCCAGGCCCAGGUCCUUUGCCUCUGGAGCAGCAGCCAUGGCCGCCCUCAAGGUUGGAGACAAAUUGCCCAGUGUGGAAGUCUAUGAGGGAGACCCUGGAACCAAAGUGAAUAUUGCAAGCCUGUUCAAGGGAAAGAAGGGUAUUCUGUUUGGAGUGCCCGGUGCAUUCACUCCAGGUUGCUCAAAGACCCAUCUCCCAGGUUAUGUGGAGAAGGCAGGGCAGCUCAAAGGGAAAGGGGUGGAGAUCAUCGCCUGUCUUUCAGUCAAUGAUGUCUUUGUCAUGAAUGAAUGGGGAAAGGCUCACCAAGCUGAGGGAAAGGUGCGGAUGCUGGCUGAUCCGACAGGAGCCUUUGGGAAGGCCACAAACCUGUUGCUGGAUAAGGAACCACUUCGAGAGCUCUUUGGGACCAACCGGUCCAAAAGGUUCUCCAUGGUGGUGGACGAUGGCUUAGUAAAGGCCAUAAAUAUUGAAGAGGAUGGGACAGGCCUUACCUGCAGCUUAGCCAACAACAUUGUCUCUCAGCUCUGAGUCCCAGACACUGGGUUCCUUAUGGCUGUUACCUGUUUCCUGAGCUCCAGUGGCAAUAUGCUUACUCACCUCCUAACUCCUGCAGGCUAAUUACGUUUGAGGCAUGUAGGAUUUGACCUAAAUUGGUGCUCAGAGGGAGGAAGAGAUGUGCUUUACAUGGUUGUUUUAACUCCCUUCUCUGUUGGCUCAGUUAUCUUGGAUAUAAAAUAAUCUGAAAUAAAGCUAUAGUGGAUUAUC